UUUCAGCAGCGCCUGUCUUACACCACGCUCAGCGACUUGGCCCUGGCGCUGCUCGACGGCACGGUGUUCGAGAUCGUGCAGGGGCUUCUUGAGAUCCAGCACCUCACCGAGAAGAGCCUGUACAACCAGCGACUGCGGCUGCAGAACGAACACCGAGUGCUCAGGCAGGCUCUCAGGCAGAAGCACCUGGAAGCCCAGCAGACUUGCCGGCCCCACAACUUGCCAGUGCUCCAGGCAACUCAGCAGCACGAGCUGGAGGCCAUGGAACAUCGAAUCCGAGAGGAGCAGCAGGCAAUGGACCGCAAGAUUGUUCUGGAACUGGACCGGAAGGUUGCUGACCAGCAGAGCACACUGGAGAAGGCAGGGGUAGCUGGUUUCUACGUGACCACGAAUCCUCAGGAGCUGACACUGCAGAUGAACCUAUUGGAACUCAUCAGGAAACUGCAGCAGAGGGGCUGGCAAGUGGGAAAGGCAGCCUUGUGACUAAGUGGGGGGUCCCUGCUGUCCUCCAUUGCCUAGGAUGGCUAACAACCCCAUCCUGUCACUGUUGCCAGAAAGGUUCAGGGAGCUACCGAUUGUCAGCUGCCAACACGUGCGAUCUUUGUGAGGAGACGCACCUGUCACCAUCCUCUGUUCGGAUUUGGGGGGGAGGUCCAAGAAAUAGGAAUGGUGUCAGGAGAAGGCCCAUGACUGAAUGUGAGUGGGACUAUCGCUCCUAAUGCCUAACCUUCUGGGUGUACCCACAUUCCCUCCAGGCUUGGUUUUGCCUUGUUCUGGUAUGAUCCCUACCUUGACAGUCCCAGCCUUGGGUGGAAGAAGCUCCAGAACCCAAGUCCUGUGUGGCCUAGAAAAAUAAACACCCCAGCACACGGUUUGUGUCCAUGCGA